AUGUCCGCCGCCGUAUACCCAUUCAACGACACGAGCAUCGACGAACCUCAGAGGGAGUACCUGAAAAAGCUGGCCGACUUCGCGGAGGACCAAAACUUGGACGAGGACCUUCGAAGCUAUGUCCGGGGCAUCACAAUCGCUUUCACGGCGUUCGCCGCCUUCGUGGUAGGCUUGCGGUUCCUGGCACGACAUCUCCAGGCCGCGAGAUACUUGAUCGAUGACUACACUAUGCUGUUCGCGCUGGUGUUACUGGUUGGCAAUAUGGUCAUGAACUUGAUUCUUGUGGACCACGGCAUUGGACUGCACUCCGGCCGACUUUCUCUCCAAGAACUUCAGUUUCUCGAUCGUACCAUGAUCGGCGCCGAGAUUCUGUACGUCAAUGGCGUCAACGUGUACAAGAUCGCGCUUCUCUUGCUCUACCUUCGCAUCUUUCCAAUGAAGGAGGUCCGCAAGGGCGCAUGGAUCUGCGGCAGCUUGACGUCUCUUUGGACCUUUGCAUGCGUUAUCGCAGCAUCCAUCCAGUGUCUGCCGUUGAACACGCUUUGGGAGCCGUGGAAGCCGGGCACCUGUAUCAACCUCUUCUUGACGCAGUUGUGUAUCGCUAUUCCGAGUAUCAUCGUCGACAUCGCCAUCCUCUAUCUCCCGAUUCCCCACGUACUGAAGUUGCAGAUGAACAAAGCCCAGCGGAUUCUGGUUUUGUUCACCUUCUUGCUCGGUAGCUACGUCGUCUUCUGCAGUAUCUACCGAUUCCGCAUCUUCUUGCUCUACACCAAGGAUGACGUCCCAUACUCGCUUGCACAAGGUCUUGCUUGGAACAUCAUCGAGAUCAGCAGUGGCAUCGUUUCAGCCUGCUUGCCAACUCUGGGCCCCAUCGUCCGCGUGCUUUGGAAGGGUCUUCUUGACUCGGCCCAACGAAGUGGUCUCGACAAGUACGGCCGGUCAUCAGCCAAGAAAUCGACAGGAAGGUCCGCAAAUUUGACCAUCGGCGGUGGCGCGCGGUCAGGAACCGCAUCACACGCUCGUGCCGCCUCAAAGGACUGGUCAAAGAUGUCCGAAUCGCAAGGCGGCGGUGUCCGAGAGGAAGCCAAGUACGGAAUUGGCCUGAAGACUAUGGCGGGAGAUGACGCCAGCAGCUCGCACAGCUCACGAGGGUCCAACGAGAUCGAGCUCGUUCCCCAGAGCACCGUCAGCGUGACGGUCAAAAGCCCGGGGAGGUCGACUUUCCCAGAAAACGACCAGCCUUUGUCGGCGAGAGAGCACUAUCACGGAACGAAGUUGUCGAAAAGCAGCGGGAGGGCAUACCCCCAUCACGACAACAGGAUUUGGCAGCAUCGUGAGGUGGAGAUUACGACAGAGCCUGUCGAGCCCGAGUCGGUUUUGCCCGAGCCGAACAGGAAGAGUUUCCGGAAGUCAGGAGCAUUAUGA